GUACACGUACGAGAGCGAAUAAUGUAAAUACAUAUAAUAAGGACUUCUCAGUGGCAGUGGUCGACCCCGUAUUCGAAGCCAGUUCAGUUGAGAAUUUUCAUUUGAGAGCGACAGUUUCGAUCGGGAUGAACGUAGUGGAUUUUACGAAGGAAUUUACGGAGCUGAUUAGUCGUUGGAAGAGGCCCACUUUUGCAAACGUAAAGUAGAUGGCAGCCAGUCCCCGGUAGUAACGAACGAUAAAUUGUUAAACGCGAUACAAGAUGUGCUUCAAGUACAGCUGGGAGUGAAUUUGCGAAUGCCUGACUAUUCUUCAGUGAAGACACCUGCGACAGGAAUCGCAGUAUGUACUCCGAACGCACCUACGAUCUUAAAGCCGGACAUCGAAAGUGGUGGCUAUUUGGCGAGAUUCGGAUCGCUGGAUACUUUGAUGCUAUCGUGUGAAUCCAAGAAUAUCCUCAGUCCUGCCACCGAACCACCGAAAAGUGGGGGAAAGAUGGAGGUCGUUGAGAACAAGGCAAUCUUAAGAUCCGACAAAGUAAAUCACGCAAACUCCGCCAAGAGAAGCGACACGUUCGUUCGCGAAGAAGCUAGAAAGAAAUCAAUGAAUGGCGUCGUGAACCAGAAGGGAGACGAUGGUUCCCCGCGAAAGGAGCCAGUCAUUAACGAUCUAAAGAAAAUCAUAAAUGAUAUGCUCGUGCUACGAAGGCACGCAGCGGACGUCGUAUCGAAAAUCGACGACAUGAAGCAGAAAGUGUAUCCACAGACAAUAAAGCCUAUUCGGCGCCUGUCCUCCGUCGGCGUUUAUUCCAGCACGAGUCGUACCUCGACGCUGACGAGACCACCUCCAUCGUCGAAGCAUCGAAGAUCUACUUCCGGUGUUCUGGGUACACCCACGUCUUCGAAAUUGAAUCUGGCGCCUCCAACAGAGAAAAGCAUCCCUCUGCAGAAGCGCAAGAGCACCUAAGAUCGCGACAAAUCUCUACUGCGGACUUUUUAAUUACCCUAAUCUUCGAUACGCGUCAGGAAAGCGUAAUAAUGUACAGAAAUCGAGUCAAGGACUCACUUCCGGUUCCCUGGACCGUGGUAACGGAUUAACUUAACAAGGACUCGAGAUUAGGCGUCGAUGAAGAGACGGGAAAUUGGGGCUGCGUUUGCGUGUUGAACUCCAUACGGAAGCUCGAAACGAAGAAAACGAAAGCUAAAGAACUCGAGAGAUUACGAAGUCAAUUGAUCAGGUUAUGUUCUACUAAUGACGUGCGUGACUCUGCGGUUUCGUUUGCUAAGACCGCUGAUAGAUGCCAGAAAACGCAUCGACCCGAUAUCGCGUAAACCAGCAUGGACGUUCGAUUUGAUCAUAGUUGAAGUUUCGAUAUGCCGAACGAGGCAACCUAAUUCAGUCAUGUGUCGAAAAAUUCGCGUCAUCGAUGAACUUCGUCGAAUCACCGUAUUCGUCGUUUCUUCCCGCUCGGCGUCGAAUUGCUAAUCCGUUUUCGUUUAAGGAUGUGUUUACAUUAAUGUACGUACUUUCUUAGACGAAAAUGGUAAUUCGAUGUUGAAGAGAAGAGGAACGAUGAUUCGAUCGAAUUUAUCGAUGACGCGUAUCUUCUAUCACACGAUCGAAUUAGGGUACCUCGAUUUCGCAUAUCGAGAAACUAAACGAUGAUUAAAAUCGAGUCUGUACUGUUUUUCGCAAUAUCGGGUCGCUGCGUUCUUCUAUCGACUAUCAGGGGGUUGACGGAACGAAACCGCAGAUGCAGCACGAAAUCGUUAGAAUGGAAUCGAAUUGUUGCACCGUCUAUUGCUCCCUCGAAUCUCCGCGCUCUUCUCUCAUUUUAAGUUCAGGUAUGGCGCUCGGUACGUGAACAAGUUCUCAAUUUAUCGUUGAGUACUCGGCAGUUAACUGUGAAGCCUUGUUAGCUUAAUUCCUUGUUAUGUGAUUUAACGAACAUUGAUGGUAGUGAUAUUAAUUUUAUAUUUCGGACUAGAAUCGAUACUUAUAAAAAUAGGUAGUCUUGCGUAGGAUGGAUUUAGGUAUAAUAGGUGUAUUUCUUCGAGUUCUCAAUGUUUCGUUCAUGAUCGAGUCCUUUUUAGAAUACAAUUAUUUUUAAUUAACUUGUUCGAUCCUUCGAGCAGGAUGACGCUUUUUGGAAUAUCCUCGUUAAUUUCGAUUCUCUGAAUGGUCUUGUUCGAUUUUCUACUUUGAUAUCUGUCCAUUGUGUAACUUUUUCAAACACUUCCCUAGCACCAUUAGACUUGUGUUAAUAUUCUGCGAUUCCUGCGAUCUGUCUCCGAUAUUUAAUGUCUUUUUUAAACGUCCUGUGUUGACUUGUACAGAAUUAGGGUCGUUCUCGAUAUAGUACUUCAAAAGUUUGAUGGUAAAUACACAGUGAGAUCUUGAGCUUUAAUUUGUACUGUCCGGAAUUUUGUAUAUAAUAUUGUCUGGAAUUAUUUUAUUGACCUGAACAAUUACUAUCGACUUUGUUAUUUAGUGUCCACUUACUUCUCGUACACAAUUGCUUGAAAUAUUUAAUAAACGAUAGUAACGUUA